CAAAAAUUAAUUUUAAACGCAUCAGCAAAAGAGAGAGAGAGAGAGAAAGUGAGGCGAUCGAUUUAUGUAAUACUGCCCCUUAUUAUUUUUUCUUACUUUUUUUACAUGAUUGACUUUAUCCACCUUCGGUUAAAAGGGCAAAAGGCCUUUAAAGUAAGAUGCUCCCCUACCCCACCGCACUGCCCCACACUCAUUUGCCCGCUCGUUCGCUUUACAGAAGCCACACGAGUGAGGCGCAUGGUACGUGGAGCACGGCAGUGCACAUAUAGGACACACGUUUAUACGAACUAUUAGAAUGGAUUUAUGUUCUCGACGCAAGCGCACCUAGCUGGUCAUAUGCAGCCCGAUGAGCAAUGCAUGCGCAAUCGAAUUAGAAUCGACUAGGUAUUAGCGAAUAGCGAAUGAUUGAUACUAGACAUAAGAAAACAUAAAAAAAAGAGGGCAACGAUGAGAAACUGGCACUACGGCUGCUGUGAGGAUCAGAAUCGAAGAAAGAGCACACGGGCCCCGGUGAGUUUGGAUGGAUUGUAAAAUAUAGGAAGGAACCGGUGCCGCCGGUGAAUCAUUAGACAGCCGGCGACGGUAAGAUUCUCGUACACUCUAGCAUCGCGAACCGGGUGAACGAUUCUCCCUCGCGUUGUUUGCAUCCCUGCGUUUAUUUGCAAUAUUAUUCCUUUAGAAAUCCUACCUUAGCAUAUUCUUUAGUUGCUCGUUUCCCCGUUCAGUUGAUUGUAUUGCGCCGGUGCGGCUACAAUGGGCCUCUAGAGAAAUCGCGAUCCCUCGCAAGAGUAGUAUGAUGUGAUGUAGCGUAUGGUGUCUCGUUCGGCUGAAGGGCACGAUCGUGGGAUAGAAACAGAUGAGAAAACAGAGAAACUGCACCGCAGUGACCGCAGACCCGUGUCCUGUGGCUCCAUCCUAGCUUUGUAGGUCUAGCGAUGCAACGUGCAUUAAUUUAUUUAAUUCUAAGUACUACUGAUAACCGUCUCGCAAUGCUAAAUGAAGUCCCGAAUUCAAAACCUAGAUCGCAGAAUAAGAAAGGGGGAGGACUCUAGAUUAAAGGGAGGAGAGGAAGAUAGUCGCGCGGCGAACUAUACAUGCUAGGGUCUCCACUAUAUAUAUAUAUAUAAAUAGCCACCUCGUUCAUGUGCAGGCUGAAAAGGGGCCGACAUGUUAAAUGUAAAGAGAUAUGAUAAAUCAUAAAUUAGACACAAAAAACAUAUACUUAUCCCAAACAUCUCUCUCCCACUCUUUCUCUCUCUCUCUCUAUCGAUCUAUCGACUUCUCGCGUACGCCCCUAAUAGAAUGUAGAAUUGAAACCACAUAAUAAAUUGUCCGUUUUAAAAAAUAGAAACCUUGGAUGUGCAUUGGCGGAGCAUUCUGCUUCAGUGUUC